AUGUCGGUCGAGCGAGGAACGUGUGAUCUGCUCCUGAAGUUUUCCCGAUAUGUCUUGGUGAAAGCUUUCGGGCCUAGCUUGGCUUAUGCUCUCAUUCAGCGCCAGAGCUGUGACCAUCCAGAUGACCCACCCCAAAUCCAACUGAAUCCUCACAAACUCUUGCAUUCCAAAGUAAAGCCUUCGCUCUUACACUGGGUCCAUUGGCUGCUGAGAAAUGUGGGAGUGGCGGUCGAAAUGAAUCCCUCCAAGAUGCCCUCAAGGAACUGGAUGCCCGAAAAAAAGAAACAUCUGGCUAAGCCUGAAGCGAAACAAAAUG